AUGAACCAAACAAAAAUGGAAUUCAAAGAAAAGGGAAAUUACAGUCGAAUCCCAACUGGGGACUGUACGGGAACGCUUGAAAAGGGGCGCCUUGACGUCCCGUGCGGGCGGCCAGAGAAGGCAAUGGGACUUCAAGUCAGCGCGUACACUGCGACCACCUGGAUGCUUGUUGUUUGGCGUGCUUGCAAUGGGAUGAUGUCUUUAUUCUUUGGCUUGGCUACGUACGUACAGAUCAACGACCCGGACGCAGCCUUGUGGAUGUUCGGUUACGGCAUCCCCGCCCUCCUCUGUGCGCUCAUUGGCCUCAAACCCCACGUGACAGAAAUGUUGCCAUGGAGACGUGUAGCUGACCUGCACAUCAUGCUGUGCACUGGGAUGCUUCUGAUCAUCGGAUGGAAGCUUUAUGGACUGAACAUGUCUGGUGUCUUCCAAGAAGAGGAGGCCAGAGAGUUUGGUGGUGUGGUGUUGACAGUGUUGUGGCUUCUGCUGUGUCGUCACUCCGGAAGGUCGGCGGUGGGUAAACUGAGAGUGUCGGCAGCCAUCCUCGUCACCCUUUUCCCGUUUGUAAGCUGGUUUUACUUCCACACUCACGAGGAACUGCGAGCUAACUGGCCAUCCCACUGCAAGACUGCACUUUGA